AUAACUGAUUCUGGUUCUCGAUCGGGUCGGACAAGAAUUUUGUUUCUUCCGAGUCUGCAUUCCAGAUUGGGCUAUAAUCAUCAGUAAGAGAGGGUUCACGUUUACUCGAUCACGACUACCACCACGAUGAGGCUUAUCGUAAGUCUUCUCAUCUUCACUAUCGCAGUGAUGGUGAGAGGACAGGAAGAUGGAGAUGAACUGCGGGUGGCUCUCACUUUACCUCCAAUUGCCGAAGAAGUUACACAACUACCCGAACCGACUACAACUCCAGCACUACCACUAAGCCCUGAGGAACUCCGAGAAGAGGAUUUCAACAAGGAAAUCUCCUACCUCUUCCUAAUCCCUAAACUCUUCUACGUGCAAACCAAAGAGAGGAUAUGUCUCCUGGUAACCAAGAGCGACGGUCUCCUGGACUACCGGGUGUCUCUCCAGAAGAUAAAUGCAGGUCAAUACGAAGAAUACUGGAGUCCUGGAGAACAGGAGGCUAAACAAGGAGAGAACUGUUUCGAAUUUGAUGUACCAACGAUCGAGUCGGGAUCCAAUCAAAGACAGAAAGUUCGUCUUCAACUGCGACGAAAGGGAGCCGAAGACUUGAACGAGGACGGAUAUGAAGUCACGAAAGAGAGAUUCGUGAGGAUCCAGGCCCAAGGCGGGUCGAAAACUUACGUCCAGACUGACAAACCCAUUUACCAACCCGGUCAGACAGUGAGAUUCCGUGCUCUGACAUUGAACAGUGAACUGAAAACCGUCACAGAACCAUUCGAUUCUGUUAUAGUGGAGAGUCAGUCUCGCCAGCGCGUCAACCAGUGGACGGACGUCAAGGGUGAGGAAGGGCUGAUUGAACUCGAGCACGAACUCCCGGACGAGCUCCCGGACGGGAUCACGAAACUGACUUACUACAUCAAGGUCUUGCGAGGCACCGAAUCAGUAACGCAGACAUUUACUGUUGAAGAGUACGUUCUUCCAAGGUUUGAGGUUGAAGUUAUAACACCUCCGUACAUUCUCAUCACCGAUCCUACUUGCACAGUCAAGGUUUGUGGAACUUACACCUAUGGUAAACCCGUUCAAGGAUCUGUGCAAGCAAAUAUCACUGCUGACGGGGGGCGAUACGACUACAGGACUAGAACUCGGUCUUCUAGAGAGGUUCUGCCGUUCGCCAUACCGAGUACUGACGCCGAUGGUUGUGCUGUUAUCAAUGUUAAUCUCACACGCUUAGAGCUCACAUCGAGAAAGUUCUAUAUCUAUGGAAAUCUGCAAGUAUCCGCCAGGUUUACCGAAACGGCUACAGGUGAAACGCUGACUGAUAAAUCUACGUCCCGUAUGAGCUCAUAUACACUAACCAUGAGGGCUAUAAACAAAAACAAUUUCUUCAAGCCUGCACUACCAUACUUUGGAGCGGUCGAGGUGACUAAUCCCGAUGGAGCCCCAAAGCCUGGUGAGAGCAUUAUCGUGCGAUGCAAUGCUUUGGAUUCCCCUGUAGAAGCCACUUCUAAUGACCAAGGAUUCGCUGUGUUCACUUUACCACUUCAGGGAAUCUACGAAGGAUUCGAUAGUGGAAACUCUCUCAGUUGCAAUGUGACAGCCAAAGACUUCCAAGAGAACAUUCCAUAUGACCCCGAUGUCUGGACCCUGAAUCGACCAAUCACUUACUUCAGUCUGAGUCCUAUGUACUCCCCGACCGACAACUAUCUGGAGGUCGAAGCGGUGAUCCAAUUUGGCAAUCCAAUACAAGUUGGCGGCAGCGUAUCUAUUUCAGUCCACAUGACCAAGGAUUGCACUGAUGGACCCAAGAUACUGGCUGUGUCUCGAGGGAACAUCCUCCAGGAUUUCGAAUACAAGGCAUCCCGUCAGGAGAGCGCAAACGGCAUCAUUUAUGACGUCACCUUUGUUCUCACGCCGUUAAUGACCCCGUUUCUCGACCUUCUAGUCUUUGGUAUCCUUGAUGACGGAGAGAUGAUCGCCGAUAGUCUGGAAAUCGAAAGCAAAGCCGUCUUUGAGAAUGAGGUUCACAUCCAGGUCGCCGACGGACAGGAUGCCACACUCGAGCCGGGGGCACGGACGAGCAUCGAGAUCAUAGCAUCCCCCGGAUCGUUGUGCGCUGUCGGAGUGGUCGAUAAGAGCGUGCAUAUUCUCGGAGGCAACAACCAGAUGAAGACCAGCGACGUGGUCAGCUUUCUGAACACAUUCCAGUUGAGCUCAGGUGACAAUGAUAAUCCGCGGUGCCAGGAUCACGAGGACGAACCAAUCAAUAUUGAUGAUGGCGGAGUUGGCGGCCCUAUACCUUUUAUACCGCGGCCAGUAUUUGAAGUAGCACUGGAACCCCAAGUAUUAGCUCGCAAGAAGCGACAGUUUGGUUUCUCACCGUAUCGUAGAGAUCCAUAUCCGUUAUACUCCGACGUGACCAGGGAAUUUGAGCAACUGGGUCUUGUUCGGAUUUCUAAUCUUAAAGUCGAGACGAGUCCAUGUCAGACGCCAGAACCCUAUCCAUAUUACUUUCGGAAUGAAGCGUUCGCGUUUGCUGCUCAGGCAGACUUUGCACAAGCACUUUCAGUUUCGGCGGUUUCAGCAGGUCCAGCCAUUCGUAAAUAUUUUCCAGAGACUUGGCUCUGGUAUAUGCAACGUCCAGAGGAAUCCCCAACCGUCACCGUCCCUGAUACCAUUACAGAGUGGGUUGGAAGUGGGUUCUGUAUCUCCUCAACAACUGGCUUUGGUAUCUCCGAACCCUUCUCAGUGACAGCUUUCAAACAGUUCUUUGCGGAUUACAAUCUCCCUUACUCUGUCAUACGAGGCGAAGAGCUGGAGCUUCAAAUUAACAUCUUCAACUACUUGGAAAAGUGCUUACCGGUUAAGGUAACUCUCACUGCGUCUUCUAAAUUUGAGAUCAAAGAGGAAUCCAACAGCAAAUACACUUGCGUAUGUAGCAGCUCUGAACCAACCCAAGUGACCUUUAACGUUCGGCCCACAGCACUAGGGGACGUUGAUCUUGAAACAACCGUGAUCGUUGCGUAUGACCAGACUGUAUGCAGAGGGAAACCUGUUGAAACUGGUGUGACACACAGUGAUGGACUAAGCAAGCCUAUUCUCGUAGAGCCUGAAGGAGAGGAGGUGGAGGAAUCACUUAGUUUGUACUUCUGUCCAAAAGAAGAGGAGGACGGCACAUUCAGGCAUACAUUUGAGAUCUCAGUUCCGGUGGAGUAUGUUGCGGACUCGGGCAGAGUUACCAUCUUCAUGUCAGGGGACAUCCUCGGCAAUAGUCUUGCGAACAUCGACAGACUGCUCAGGAUCCCGUCUGGAUGCGGUGAGCAGAACAUGAUCGGGUUUGUACCAAACAUCUACGCGCUCCAGUACCUCCAAGCGACCGAACAAGCUGACCAAUCACAAGUCAACAAAGCCUUGUCAAAUAUGAGGAAAGGAUACCAGAAGCAGCUCAAUUACCGGCGUAGUCGUGGGUCUUACUCGGCGUUUGGUAACAGGGACCCAGCAGGUAGUGCAUGGCUGACAGCCUAUGUGAUUCGCUCCUUCGCUCAGGCCAGUCAAUUCAUUUCCAUCGAUACAAAGGACCUUGACGUCAGUAUUAAUUGGCUGUACAACACCCUCGGACAAGAGGAGAAUGGGUGUUUCCGGUCAAGGGGUCGCGUAAUCCACAAAGAGAUGCAGGGUGGAGUGAAUGAUGAGGUGACUUUGACAGCGUUCAUAGUUGUCAGCUUACUGGAAGCCCAGCAGCCUUUGGAAACCCAGGCUAUUCAAGACGCGUUGUCCUGUAUCACCAACUCUAUCGGCAGUUUGGAAGACACGUACACUGCCGCCCUCAUCGCCUACGCCCUGAGUAUAGCUAAGGAUACCAACGUCGUUCAAGUCCUGGAAUACCUCGAAUCAGUCGACAAAAAUGAAAUUGGAGUGAGAUACUGGGUAAGCAGCCGAACGCAGACCCCGGGAUCGCGUAGGUACGGCCGUGGUGCAACCGCUUCCUCCCUCAGCAUUGAGAUGACAGCGUACGUACUCCUAACCUACAUCAAUGUUUACGGUCAUGACGCCAUAGCUCGCGGCUCGGCUAUCUCCAAGUGGCUUGUCUCACAGCAAGGACCUCACGGAGGGUUUAAAUCGUCUCAGGACACCGUCGUCGCCAUCCACGCUCUCGCUGAGUAUGCCCGUCUUGUGUUCGGCGGCGAGUCUAACCUGGGCAUUGCGUUCAGCUACAAGGAGCAUUGUUUGUGGAACUCAAUAUUCGUCAUCCAUGAUGGAAAUCGUCUCGUUCUCCAGCGGGCCGACCUCGACCAACUCCCAAAGGCAAUCGCAGUCAUCGCUACUGGCGAAGGAUGUGCCCUUCUCCAGGUGAUCAUUCGAUAUAACAUUCAUCCGGCUCUCCCUCCCGCACCAGCCUUCGAGAUCAUUUAUAACGUGGGUCCUACGACGCAACAAGACGCCUGCCAGGGAAGCUUUAAUCUCAAUGUGUGUGUGAGGUAUCUCGGUGAUGAUGGAUUUUCCAACAUGGCCAUGGUCGAGGUGAAGCUAGUUACCGGUUUGUUCCUGAGCAAAAUUCCUUUAAUUUGCUGAGGAAUGGGUUCUACCCAGAACUCACUAGGGCUGAAUAUACAGGCAAGACGGUCGCCAUGUAUUUCAACCAGUUUACCGCCACACUGUUGUGCUUUGAUCUGGAGGUUAGACGUGUCCAUCACGUCACAGAUCCCAAGCCCGGUCUCAUCACGGUUUACGACUACUACGCGCCAGAUGUCAUUCUCUCAACCGAGUACAGCAUGGCUUGUCAAUCGAAUGGUCCACCUAUCAAAGUCCUACCGGUCGAAGAGCCCGAGAGGCCUAUCCAAAUCCUACCGGUCGAAGCACUACCAGAGUAGGAGGUAAUCCAAGUCCUUCCCGCUGAUGAAAACCAGGUUUAACUUGAUCAUGAACCCGGUGUCAUUGGUCACAUGUUAGAAGUCUAACAAUAAAUCGAAUAUUGAAUUAAUGUCACAAUGUUCUUCUAGCAUAAUAGGUGAAGGGUAAAUAAAAUAUUGUUUUGAGAAAUGUCACAUUUGGUUUAAGUUUAUAGUUUUAUCAUGAUAUUGGUUAUACUUACAGGAGCAUUAUAAACAUAAAUUAAGUCAACUGAGACAUUCAGUAGGCCUUAGGUACUGGGCAGAAAUUAUUUAAUUGUUAAAAAGAAAAUGAAAUAAAAGUAGUGAGCUUAAGAUAAUUAUCAUGAAAUACAUAAAGUUAUUCGGAUUAGGUAUAAUUGUCAAUGAUUUCAUAUUCGUUCUAUAUUCUUUAAUCAUCACCUUAAAGCACAAGGGGGGGGGUAAUCGAGCUAGCAACGUUAUUUUUGUUUCGAUAUGAUUAUAAUUAUCUGGAAAUAGAAUUAAUACCAACUGAAAUUUCCACCAAAGUUAACAUUUAGUUGAAUGGAUAAAGAAUCGUAGAAACAUAACGUCCGUUAUAUCAUCUUAAAAGGCCCCUAAAAAACAUUAUCUUAAUUACUACUCGAUCUCAGAAUGUCCUUCAACAUCCAAUUUUCUCUCUCUCUCUCUCUCUCUCUCUCAUUUCUCUUACUUCUUUCU